AUGGAUAACGUGCGGUGUGCUGUGUGCGCCGGCCGAGGGGCCGGGGCGGCCCCGCAGGGCCAGCCCCCGCGUUUCGGGUUUCACGGGCAGCUGGCAGCCCCGGGGCGCGCCGCCGGCUGCGCUGCUGGAGGAACGCGCCUGACUUCCCAGACGCUCUGGGAAUGCCAGCGCCGGGACACCCGCCGGGAGCCGUCCGGGCUCCCUGCUGUCCCCCUAACCCUGCCACGCUCCAAGGGGACACACGGACAGCCCUGCACAGAGUUUUGCCGCCCCCUCUCCUUUCUCCUUUGCGCCUGUGAAUGUGCAACAGAAAUCAUUUCAUCCGCACACGGCCCAGACAAAUAUUCCAAAUGGUCCCCGGAGCUGGAGCUGCUGGUGCCCAACGCCCUGGAUUAUAUCCAAACUGUCAAGGAAUUGGAGAAUUCCAUGGAUAAAUACAAGAAUGAGAAUGUGCAACAGAUCUUCCCCAACAGAUCUUCACCAUCAACACCACCAUCAUGGUGGUCAGCGUGGCAGCAAGGGGGGCAGCAGGUGGCGGAGGAGGAGCUGGGCAGGAUUGAGGGCACAUGUGACACGGCACUGGAACUGAGCAGGGCCAGGCUGUGCCUCUCUGAGUCCCACGUGUCCUUCAUCACCCCCAACCUCUCCCUCAUCCUCGAGACCUCCAUGGCUGCCAAGAUCAUGGGGGUGGCAGGGGGCCUGACCCCACUGUCCAAGCUGCCGGCCUGCAACACCCUCCCUGGGGCCCAGCACCCAGCACUGUCUGGCUUCUCCUCCACCUCCAUCCUGCCCCACACCGGCUUCAUCCACCACAGCGACAUUGUCCAGGCCCUGCUGCGGGAUUUGAGGAGGAAAGCGGUGCCGCUCGUGGUGGCCAAGUGCGUGCUGGCAGCCAGGGGAGGCAGCUUCCAUGAGAAGGAUGGGAAGGCGGGCUACGAGCUGAAGGGGAUCGAGCACAAGGUUGACAAGUGGCAGGAGCUCACCAUGGUGAAGCUGCUGCCAGCACCGCUGGACAGGCUGAGGGAGGAGAGGAAGGAGCAGCGGUAGCAGAAGGUGAAGGAACGCUUGGGGCCAAUGGAGAUCCGUGAACAGGCCAACAGGAGGAGCUCUGGGGAGAUGGAGGAGGGCUACCAGGAGGACCUCGGGUUCAGCCUGGGCCACCUGGGCAAGGCCAGCGGUGGCCAAGUGCACCUGACCCAGGUCAAGGAGGCCACCAAGGCCCAGAUCAGGAAAGCCCGGCAGAAGCAGAGUGUCAUCCACAGGGGAAAAGCCACAAUCUGGAACCACAGCUCAGGCAUGGCCUUGAGCAUGGCGGGCCUGCAGGCAUUGGAGAUCAUUAAUCUGCAGGCAGCCAGGAAGAAAGUGGCUGAGGCCAACCAGAAAUAUUCCUCCUGCAUGGCCAAGUUAUUCAAGGUCAAGGGGAACAAAAAUGGGAUCCUCCUUCCCCCAACCCCACUGGGAUACCCAAAUCCCACCCUGUGA